AUGGCGGCCCCCGAAGAAUUAGUCCCUUUUUCACGAAUUCGACUUGCACAAGCACUAAAGGAAGAUCCAAAAGAUCCACAGUUGGUCCAUCAAUCCGCAUUAUUUAUACAACUUCGUAACAGACAACCCCAAGCAUUAGAACAAUCACAACAUAACAUACCGCGUCCCCACACUCUAAUUAUACCUCCAUCGCUUGGAAACGGCGAUGGCGCUCAGUCAAAACCGCAUGAUCAAUUCCGAAAAAGCAGAAUAUAUUCAUCUCCAUCUCUGCCCUCUCUCCCCGUCUCCCGGCAUACACCAAAUCAUUCACCAAACGGAAGCGUAUCUUCAAUCUCUUCAUCUCCAAUCCCCCCCGCUCCGCCUAUAUCUCAACCACAAACCAAACAACAGAACGCGUUAAUAGGUACGGUAUCUAUCCAGACGCAAAGGCCGACAACGCUGAUGGAUGUCAGGAAAAGUAUUCUGGAUAGCAGGCAAAUAAUGACGACAUUCUCUCCUGCGAGUAGUCAUCGAACAUCGAGGCUUUUACAUCAGAAAAGUUAUUCAGACGUAAAGAGUCAACAACCUCUUUCAAGAUCUCCUCUCUCUAAUUCCAACUCGUCCUCAACUUCCCUCCCAUCACUUGCAAACACAUCAAACCAAUCAUCUUCCCGACCUAAUUCGAUCUUUAACCAAAGUCGCCCAAACGCGAGUCCAAACUUACCGCGCCCAGCAUCAUCACAUAGUAACAUGUCGAGGCCAUUGUCGACAUACAGUGCAGGCAAAGGGAAUUCGAGACCACCGAGUAUUUGGGGAUAUGUGCCACCGGUGGAUUCGAGUGAAGAAUCAUCGGAAGAAUCGUCAGAAGAUGAAGAAGAGAGCGGAGAUGAGCAGGAGAAUGUUGACGAUGCCAAGAAGACGGAGAAAACCACUUCUAGGCCAUCCGGUCUUCCAUUGCUACCACCAUUGUCACAACUUAGAGCCUCCAAAACUCCCUCGCCAACCUCUUCACCAACCCGCACUUCACCAACCCGCACUUCACCAACCCGCACUUCUCCCACCAGAUCAUCAACAAAAUCACCCGAAAGCGGUGAUGAUGAUGUAAAAGUAUCCACUCCGACGUCAAUGUCGAUUUUGGAAAAGGUGGAAGAAGAAAAAAGCGAUGAAGAAAGCUCUGAAAGUGAAGAAGGAAGUGAUGAUGGAAGUUCUGAAGGGAGCUCUGAAGAAAGCGAGGAGGAAAGCGAAGAUAGUGGGAAUGAAAGUUCAGACAGUGAUACCCCAUUGGCAUUAAGGAUGGGCGAUGCUCCUCCGAGGAUUUCUGUUCUGUCGUCAUCAGGGAAAAAGUCUCCCCGAGUUGAGGCGUGGGUUAGUGAUGUUUCCCGACAGUCUCUUGUAAUAGACUCGCGUACGUUCAAUCCGAGAAAACAGAGACAGUCACAUGUUAUAGGCGACGCAAGACCGAGGAAGUCAUCACUUACACCUGAUUCGGCAUUCGACCCGAGGAUGCGUAGACCGAGGUCAGCUUAUGCUAUGGAUGAAAGUGAUUUCCUCCCACCACAACCGCAAUAUCGAAAACGCAGCAACAGUGAAUUCACACCGGGCAAUAGUUCACAGUAUCGUCCUUUCUCUAUGUAUUCUGCAGCAAGAGCUUCACCACCUCCGUUGCUUUCGACACCAGUUCAACUCCCCAAGGCAGAUACCGAUGAUUGGGCACAGGACACUAUUCUUGCAUUGACCUCGAAAGUUCCAUCAUCUGCUUCUCCUGUACCACCACCAUCACAGAAACACAAAGUCGUUCGUUCGAGCAUAUCAAUGACAAACAUUCGUGCAGGCACACCCCCGUUAUCACUUCCAACACCGCCAAGAUCUCCGGGUGAAUUUUAUAUUCAUCAUUCGCGGAAACAGAGCGGAAGCAAUUCUUCUUUGAAUAAGCUUGUUUUAAAUGGAGAAAGCCGAAGAGAAAGAGGUGAUAGAGAUAGGAUGGAGAGGAGGGAACGGGAGAGAAGUUAUUCAGCUUCAUCACAGCAACAGGGAAGAAGGCGAGAUCAUGCCGGCUUAGGAUAUGGUCCGGCCGGAAUGUCACCAACGCCUGUUAACCGAAUAAGCAUGUAUGGUGGGGCUGCACACAGGAGGGUGGCGAGUGAUCAUGUUUCUAAGGGUGAUAAUAUGAUGCACUAUUCUCAACAUACACAGUACAGGCAUAGGAAAGAUUUACAAACGUAG